UAGCGUCGCCUCCAACCAAAUUAUACUGUUUUUAAUUAGCUAUCGAUGGUCUAAAACUUUUUGCUUGCAAACUCGCUUUGGCUAACUGCAAGUAAUCGCAUCCAGGUUUCCCACCUGGUUCGUUCCAUCGCUAGUAUGCUUUGGCAUCCGUGUUUUUUUUAGUGGUUUUCUCAGAGCCAGUGGUAUCAGUUAGCAGCACGGCGGCGGUCACACUGAUUUUCAUUCGUCGUGACGAGUACCGUACCUCGGAAUCGAAAAGAAAAAAACAUAAGCAGACAGGCGAAGCAAAGCAUACCAUUUAAUAAUGAAUGCAUAAGAACGUUCGACUUCGACGCGCGCCGAACCAGUCUGCGUAUGAAUCGUGCGUGCGUUUGCCGUUGCCAAAGUGGAGGAUAUUUUUUUGAGGCUGCCGGCCACUGGACAAUCGAAUAUAGAAAUGAAUGAUUUACGUCAGCAGCAGAUGGUAGCAGCGACAUCGUCAUCAGGAUCGGAAUCGGGAACAGCGGUAGAAUCGGCAGCCGCCACGUCCACAGCAGGAUCAGCCGGAGCAGCAGGUCGCCUCCAGCCCAACUCCACCGCCAACAACUCUAACCCAAAGUCAGUGGCAGCCAGCAGCACGAGCGAGGAGGAGCAGCGCGUUAGCUCCACGUCGUCGCCAGCCCAGCGGGAUCGGGAUCAACAGCUGAAUGCGGAUCGGGAUCGGGAUCAGGAUCAGGAUCGGGAGCGGGAGCAAGAGCAGGAGCCACAGCAGCAGCGGGAAGAGGCUCUGCAGCGCCAGCACAACCAGCCUGGCCAUAUAACCAGCACCACAGCGUCGCCUCCGCCGACGCAGCCACCGCCGACGCCGUGCGACGAUGCCCCAAGCACAACUGGAGCAUCUGCAUCGGUCAGCGCAGCAUCCGCAUCAGCAUCCGCGUCCGCAUCCGGACAAGCAGCAGCAGGAACAGCAGGUGGAGCAAUGGCUGCCACGGCGCUCGAGGUUGAGGGCGAGGAGCGGGACGGACACAAGAUCAUCCUGAAGCUCUCCAAGCACGCCGCCAAUCCGAACUCAAACCUAAAUGAAUCUCAGUCGGGUGGCGACGAGAGGCGGGUGGAGCCAUUGCGCAUCCAGCUGCCUUGCGCUGGCGGCGGUGGGGAAGGAGCCUUGGCCAAGCCGCAGGACGCCUUCGACGCGGACGCCUCCUCCUGCUCCUCGUCGUGCGCAGAGGACGAGGUGGUUAGCACACUCGGCCCACACCUGCGGAACACCCCGCACAUAGUGCCAAAGCUGACCAUCAGAGCCGCCAAUGAGAGGCGCGUGGGCAGCGUGGUGCCCAAGCUGACCAUCAAGUUGCCCGAGAACCCAGCUGCCUCCGGGUCCUCCAACUCCAACUCUGGAUCGUGCUCGUCGGCAGUGAGUGGUGGCGCCCAAUCAGCGAUGCCCGCCAAGAACGAUGCCCAUCUAUCCAGUCUCUCGCCCGCCUCCGCCUCGUCUUCGUCUGCAUCGUCCUCUUCCUCUUCGUCAUCGUCGAGCUCUCUAGCUGAGAUGCAGACGGUGCCCAAGCUGAUGAUAAAGACAACGCUGGCCGGCAGCAGCUGCAUCAGCAGCAGCGAGGAGCAUCCGCACCAGCAGCAGCAGAUACCAAAGUUAACCAUCAAGACGGGCGGCGGUGGCGGCGGUCAGGAGCAUGUGCACACGGUCAUCAUGACGCACGAUCUGAACAACGCCCAGAGCAUUCCCAAGCUCACGAUCAAGACCAAGUCCAUUGAUCUGCUCGAGGACGAUCCGGCGUCCAAGCUGGAACAGCUGCAGCCCCUGCCCAAGCUGACCAUCAAGAACCUGUGCUCGCCCAAGCACAAGGUGCGUGCGGUGCUCGAGGAGAAGGUGCCAUCGGCGGCCUCUAAGUUGGCAGUGUCGAAACCCACACCCACCCCAACACCCAAUCCCACGCCCGCGCCCGCUCCCAUGACGAAUGGCGGCGAGUCGAACAGCAGCAGCCAGGAGUUCUGCGGUUUCUCCGACCCGGACGCAGAUCCGGCCGUGGCAGCAUCUCUGUCGGACGAGGGUCGCCGCAACUCGGACGACAUGGUGAUAGACGAUUCGCUGUCCAAGGAACACGACCCCAAGAUGUUUCACAACCUACCGCCCCUGGCCGCCAGCAAUGGCAUUGCCAGCGCUGCGAACAAGGUCGGUAAGCCGGCCCAGCCGCAGCACAACGUGGUGGACAUGGUGGACCUCACCUCGUCCCCGUCGCCGGGCUCCUCGCCUGCCCAUGUGGCCACCAACAACUUUACGGGGCGCAUUACGCCGAACAACCUGCUCCUCGAGUGCCUGCGGGCGCAAGUUGCGUCGGGUGGUUUCACGACCGCAGCGGGUGAAGCGGGUACGGGAGGUGCUGGCGGCGCCCCGUCCUCGCCCAAUUCGAAUAUCUUGCUUAGCCAGCUGACGGCGCCGGCCAAGAGCUUCGCUACGGCCACGCCCAAGAGCAAAUCCAGCAAGUAUCCGCAGCUCACGGAGCGCCUUAUGGCCAACGGUGGUGGCGGUGGCGGUAGUGGUGGCGCAUCUGUGGUUGCGCCAGAGAUCGAGGCUAUCGUUGGACCGCUGGUCUCCGCCAAUUCCGCCCCGCCAAUCAUCGAGUCCAUUGAGAUUCUGGACACGCCUGAUGGCAGCCCACGGGCCGAGUACUUGGACGACGAUCAGCCGCCCCCGUUGCUCAAUAACCAUCACCAAAUUAACCACAGAGCACAUAUGGAGGAGCAGGAGUUGGACAACAACAACGAGAACCACUUGAAGCGCACUAACAGCCAGGGCAACGAAUCUCCCAGUUGUGGCAUCCCUCCCAGCAAACAGAGACGUCUGGACAACGAUGAGAACGACCAGCAGACGCAGAAUUGCCACGAUCCCGCCAGAAAGUGCAAUGCCAGUCCCGGUGAAUCGGUGCAGGCGCUGCCUCCGUCGCAUCGCUCGCGAAAGCAGAAGCACGAGCGGAUUCUCAAUACGGACCCGGAGGAUGCUCUGUUUCCACCCACCCAACAACAGCAGCAGACGAUUUCUACGCCGGAUCAGAACGGAGCCUUGUCCUCUGGUGCCGAGUUGGAGGAGCCGAAGGCUCAGGAUCCGCUGGAACAGCCGCCAGCUCAACUACCGCCCGCAGCCACGCCUGCGGGCACGGGCAAGAAACGGGGACGUCCCAAACGGAUCCAGAAUCAGAGCACAAGCGAGGCUAUUUCCGCCGUUACUCCCAAGCCCGGUACCGGUACUCCACCGGAGGAGACCAACAGUGCUGUUAAAUCGCGACGCGUUCAACUCCUGCGCAAGCGACUGGCCAUCGACAUGGUUAGCGUGGGUCCGGAGCAGGCGGACAUGACGCCGAAGGGUUCGUCAGUGGGCGAGCAAAAGGCUAGGGUGGACGAUGAGCUUGCCGGCGCAUUGGAGACGCCCAAGAGUCGCGACCACCGCCAGCUGAGGGCCACGCGGCGCACCACGACCCACAAUCCCAACCUGCAGCCCACGCCCAAGUCCACACGGAAGCGCCAGAGCAAGGCCAGUGUCCAGCAGAGCCAGCAGCAGCUGCCGCCGCCGAUGAUGGCUCAAUUCGGUAGCCUCGAGGCCGAGUCCAAUAACAAUAACAAUAACAAUAGCAGCAGCAUGACCUUCGCCCUGUCCGCACAGAUCGACCUAACCAUGUGCUCGUCCAGUUCAUCGACCUCUUCCGGCGCCGCCGCCGCCAACCAGCAGGUGAUCGGUGGCAGUGGCAGCAGCUCAAUGCUGCCGCCCACGACGAUCCUGUCUUCGUCGGACCCGCUGCCCGACGUCAUCUUUCAGCCGAAUGAUUUCUCCUCGAUCAUGGCCACCCAACAGCUCCGUUCGCCGCGCCCCUCCAGCAUCAGCGGUGGCAGUGCCGGGGGCAGUCAACCAGACUCGCACGAUGAGGAUAACUAUAACAGCGCGCUGGACAACUCCGGAGACGAAUCCGCCACAACGUUGCCGAUGCUCACGAUGGCGACUCCCACCCGGGGACGUGGCCGUGGCCGGGGAUCCAGAGGAGGACGCAACAGCAACAGAGGCUCUUCUUCAGCAGAUCGAGCUGGCAGCGGAGGCAUCGGCUCCACGACCCCGACCAUGCAGCCACGGGCUCCACGGAUGAGCCGUGGAGCUAGCGCUGUGGCCAAGGCCAUCGCCAUGAGUCGACCUCGCUGCGUGGGCGGCCUGAAGCACACGCCCGAUCCCGAGAGACUUAAAGGCUUAUUUAGUCCGUCGCCGCAAGUUUUUGAGGAGGACACGCGUAUGAGUGCAGAUCUAAGCAACAGCAGUCAAUCGAUGUCUAUGAUCAGCCUGAUGGAACCCCCGCUAACUCCGCAGAAGCAACCCGACUUCCUCAACAACGAGGAGUCACAGUCGUCCAUGUUGAGCAAUAUAAGCCUGCUCGACUCGAACCAGGGUCAGUCCGUCGAUGUUAUUCUGGGUUCUGCGUUAAAACGUCCAAAGAAAAAGAAGAUGGAAAUUUGCGUAGCCGAAGACUCGGACUACAGCGCCUCCAGCAUCGCGGAGUACGACUGGCCGCCGCCCAAAGGCUGUUGUCCUUCGAAGAACCGCGACACCUUUAUGAUCCAGGAGCAGGUUGCCCUCUACCUGGGCAUCACCAGCUUCAAGCGCAAGUACCCGGAUCUGCCACGCCGUGCCGUCGACAUGGAGGAGCGGAACUGGUUGCAGGAGAAGGGACUGGUCAGCGAGAGGAUGUGCGAUCUGGGCAUCACCGCUGUGUGGGCCUCCGACAUCUUGGACAUCAUGUACGCGGACUUCUACGACAAGUAUGAGGAGUACAAGGAGUACAUUCGCCAGAAGCACUUGCGCGAGAUCGAGGCUAAGCAGAAGGCGCUGGGACUUACAGUGGGUGCCGGACGCGGUCUGCAAGCCCGUGACCGUGCCAUGCUCUCGGCCAGCAAGUGGAACGUUUAUUUCAACAAGACCCGGAAGGAUGAGCGAUUGGCUUGCUUGGAUCUGCAGACGUUUACAAUGAAUCAGCCGCUGCAGAGGACGGCGCCCACCUCCACCCGCCUACAGCGCUCCAUUGCGAGUGUGGUGCGUGCAGCGGCAGAAGCGGAAAAUAUGCCGGCCCCGCCCACUCUUUUGCCGCCCCGCGUCUACGACGAGGCCUUCCGGCACUCAGACUACGCCUUUCCACUGGCAGUGGUGCCGGACCAGUUCUCCUUGGCCUAUCGCCACUUUGAGCCCGCCGAGCUUCGAGCCUAUCCGUUGGACACUGCGCUGGACAAGCCGCCAACCGAGUCGCUGGAAACGCAGCUAAUUCAGCGCGAUGUCGAAGUUACUGGCAGUGAAGAAGUCGAAAUGUCCGCCAUCUCCGUCAGCAAGGAUCAGGAGCUAGAUCAAGAGCAUGCUGCAAGCAAACCCCAAACGGUGGCGGCGCCCGUUCGACGAAGCAGAAGAUCGACACGCCAGCAGACGGACAAGGUGCGCACGGCCAGCAACUCGAGCGUUUCCUCCGCCCUGUCGCUUUCAUCCGCGUCCAGCGGCAACGGUAGCAGCAGUGAUACGGACAGCGGCGAUGAAAGCGACUUCAGCAGCAGCUCGAGCUGCUGCAGCUCGACGGGUGCCUCGAGUGGAGCUGGCAGCGAGGACGAGGAUGGAAUCGAGUCUGCGCCGUCGACCAGGCUGUCCAACUGUGGCGUCUGCCUGCGCAGCCAGCACCGCAAUGCUAGGGACAUGCCGGAGGCCUUUAUCCGCUGCUACAGUUGCCGGAGGCGAGUCCAUCCUAGCUGCAUUGAGAUGCCCCAGCGAAUGGUGGGUCGUGUGCGAAACUACAACUGGCAGUGCGCCGGAUGCAAGUGCUGCAUCAAGUGCCGGAGUAGUCAGCGGCCGGGGAAGAUGCUCUAUUGCGAGCAGUGCGACCGAGGCUACCACAUCUACUGCCUGGGUCUGAGGACGGUGCCAGAUGGACGCUGGAGCUGUGAACGCUGCUGUGUGUGCAUGCGGUGUGGAGCCACUCGACCGGAGGGACUGCCCCAGGUGGCCGGCGUAACCCAGUCAGCGGGAGGGCCCUCGCCCAAUGGUGAGCGGUCAAAGGCUUUGCCGCGCAGCAAACGUCUGAAAUGGGUGCACGAGUACCGCCUCGACCACUUGACCAAGCUGCGCGAGCACGCCGCCAUGUUCUGUGUACCCUGUGCGCGGACCAAGCCCGCCAAGCGGCAGCCGGCGACUUCAGUGGCAGCAGUGGCUGCGACUGUGGCUGUGCCCACCGUUGCGGAUACCAUGUCCACGACGAGCACCGAUGCCAGUUCGAUACCGAGCCCCAGCCCGGCCACGAAUGGAGGUCAGGCGGCUGUUCUUGCCCCAGCGGCGGCACUGAGUCCAAAGGCAGCCAUGCCCGUGGCGGCAUCUCUGCCACCUGUUCUGGAGGCAACGGUGGCGGCGGCCACAACCAUUGCGGGCACGACGACGAGUAGGCGGCAGCCGGGGAAUGCUGCGGUCAAUAUCACAACGAUGCAGUGCAGCAGCAGCUUCAGCGGGAACGGCAAUGGAAAUGGAAAUGGGAAUGGAAACGGGGUUUCUGAGGAUGCGGUGACGUCGACGACGACGACGACGACUGUUACGGCAACAGCGGCAUCAACAGGAGCACCAACUGCCACGCCCUCGCCCACGCCCACGCCCAUUGGCAUAGCUCCGCCGCCGGUUGUUGCCUGAGUGGGGGUCAUACGUUAUUGUGCCAAGCGCACACUAACGGACUUAUAGUUAGCGCCGGACGCGCCACUCCUCCUCCUGCAGAAGCCCCCAGCGUGGCCGCCAUCCCAAAAACACACAGAUGCAUAGUAUUAAUCAAUGCGACACAAGGAUAGAUAGAACCAGAUUGGAGAGAAAACUAUUUAAGAAUUUUUUUUUUUACAAACUAUGCUUAUUUUUUACUGUCAGUACACAUCGUAUUGCGAUUGUUUUAUGCAUACAUAUAUGAAUAUUCCUAUUAUAGUUAUGUUACUUAACUUUGCUAAUGUUAACAACAAUCCCCCAACCACAUAAACACUACAAAACACAGCGCAACACAACACAACACAACAUACACACAUGACAACACUCACAGAAAUCACCGAGUAGACCACGUUAUGCUUAAGUUUUCUUUUACGUUCAAAGUUUAAAAGCCUAGCACUAAGUCACAAUUUCAUUACGUUUCUAGAGAAUUCAUUUGACAUUUGACGCAUUUUAGUUCAAUUGCGCGCCCAUGCAAGCAGAUUUGUUUGUUCUCGUGACGUGACCGUGUGUAAUCGACCUGGUCCACGUACUUGUCGUUGUCCCCAUCGGUAGUCCUAGCUGUUUCGUCUUACUGUUUACUUUUAAAUGGAAAUAGUCUCUAUUUCUCAGCCCCUCUAUGUCUAAACCCCACUGUAUCUAUAUACUAUAUAUCUAUCUAUAUAUACACACACACACACACACACAGAGAGACACCUUUUUUGAUUUUAAAUGUCUUACGCGCCGAAUUUUUUGAUCAUGUAUAUGUAUGUAUUUAUAAGAAGUAAGCCCUGUAGCCCAUGUAAGUAGUUAAGCACAAUCUAAGUAGUGUCUUUGUGUGCGGUAGCUGCUUGUUUUUUUUCGUUCAGUUUCGCCCACAAUGUUCUUCGUUUGAUCAGCAUGCGGAGGUGGCGAAGCUCAACUCUGUAAUUGUACGGCUAAGAAUGUAUUAUAAAUGUAAUUUAUGCUAACACUACACCCAACAAUCGAACCCACAUCCCCACCCACACGCAAACAAAUGAUAUAAAUUACCUAUUACCUGUAACUAUAAGAUAAAAGCACAAGAACAGAUAUAUAAUUUUGGCAGGCGAGGAUAGGGAAGGCAAAGAUAAAGAUUGAUGUGUGAAAUAUGAUUAGGCAUAAACAAACAGAUAUAGAAACAGAAGCAGAAACAGAAACAGAAACAGUUCUGAUACCGCCGCAGCAGCAAUAGCGAACGAUGAUAAAUGAAUAGGCUAGGCUAUAAGUUUUCGGUCUACUUAACAAAAGUGGACAUCUACAUUUACGCGGGCCCCAGAGACCCCGUGAAUCUACUUUUCCAUGGAAUUUACUGCUUAAGUUCUUAUUAAGUGAAAUUAUUCUUAUGUAUACAUACUAAAAGAUUUAUUUUUAAGUCGAAUAAAACAGCAGCAUUAAUAA